CCCAAACAAGAGCAUCCAGCGAUCGUUGCACCCUGUAUGAGACAGACAAGCGGUCUCUCCUUCGAGCAGUAGGUUCCGCAAGUCAAAAUGCUGUUCCAAUCGUUACGCCAACAGAGUGUGGUGCUCUCCCGCCGCGCGAUCGGUGGCAGCACCCGCACCUUCACACGCUCUGCUCCUCAGCAAGCCGAUGUGGCCAAGUCAGGCGUCGACGCAGCCAAGUCUGCAGCUAAAACUGCUCAGUCUCAGCUCUCUGGAGUGGCAGACAAGGCAAUGCAGCUCGGUGGUCAAGGAUUGAAGAGGGCGGAAGGCUUGCUUGGUUCCUACUCUGAACCUGCCGUCUACAAUCUGAAGGUAGCAGGGUCCAUCGCCAAGCAGGUCUACCAGGCAGAACGCUUGGCCCCACCCUCAUCCAUCGAGCAGAUUACUUCCGCGUAUAAGACUCUCUGGUCCCGAGCCUCUGACGCUGGCUACUGGGCCAAGUUCGUCUCCUCUGGCGAAUGGAAGAAGGCAGGUAUCUAUGCCAUCGAGGCUCUCGGUAUCUUCACUAUUGGUGAAAUGAUUGGCCGACGGUCUAUCGUAGGCUACAAACUGGACACUUCGGGGCACCCUCAUGGCUCCCAUUGA